UCGGUAAUCCUUGUCCAUUUCUGCGUCCAAUAUGUUUGUCAUUUUAGUGAUAUGCUUCGCCUUGCAAGCAUGCACUAGCCAAAACAUGGCUUACACAGCUGAUCAGCCAUGUUCGAGUGUUCCAGUUUAAGAUUUGGCACUACAUCGAAACAGCGGGCUACACCUUUGACUUUUUCCAAGGAGGCCUUCAUAUUGGAUAUUGUGGGAAAUAGAGAGGUUUUGAGAAUUGCCGAGUGAUUGUACAGAAAUUUCAAAUAUGGUGUGUGAAUGACAGAUGGUGCUUGUAGGUCAUACAGAGAGACGUUUUGAUCCAGUGGACGUGUUCAAGGUGAAACAUAUCACUAAACUGACAUGCAUUGAAUAAAGAAAUGGCCAGGAUUUAAGGACAACCUCAGUAGGCUCACGGUGAGGACAGCACACUGAGAACUGGGGAGUGCAGGAAGCUCUUACCGAGGCCACAUAGAUGUACAUUGGUGUACUAGAAAUGCUUUAGUCUGAAGCCUAAGUGAGAAGGUCCCAGAAUGGCGUCAGCUAGUCCUAGUUCAAGCAGAUAUGAUGACCCAGCGCAGAAGCCACUGUUUGGCGAGCCAAAGUCCAGGGACAGGGUGGCAAAUCUUGUUGUUGGUGUUUUAACUUCAAUAGCUGUAUUGGUCACAUUGAUCAGUGCCUUCAUAUUCCCGCAGUGGCCGCCGAAUGGUGUGAAUGUGUUCUUUGCCAUUGUGAUAGUGUUUAUUUGUGGCUCUCAUUUACUGCUGAUAUUUUGGUAUCGCCAAGGUGAUUUGGAACCGAAAUUUAGAACAAUGAUAUUUUACAAUGCGUUUACAAUUGUUCUUCUGUGUGUUUGUGGAAACCUGUACAUUCAUGCAGUUGGUGGAAGUACUGGAGGGAAGGGAGGCAACUCCACUAAACCAUGACCAUACAAAGAGAGUAUUUAUGGCAUAGUUAUCAUUGUGACAGUGACAAUUGUCAUUACACAUACAAUUUAUUUGUCUUAGAACUUAAUGGGUGGUGGUUUAUAGUAAUUAAGUGUAAUAUUCCUACAGAAUGUGAAAUUGUUGAUCAUCAGCCAGUUACAUUAAUGCAUAACGGUGGGUCAGUAUUACUUGUGUAUCUACAGAUGUCAGUAUUGUACUUUUUAUAUCCUGUAUCUCUGUUAUAUCCUGACAUACUGUAGAAAUUGACCUCUUUUAAGAAUUGUUUGGCUUUUGAUGGAUUUAUAGGGAGCUUACGUGUUUGAUAUCCUUGUCACAGAAACACUGAGUCUUGCAAGUUUUUAUUCCAUGUUCAGUAACUUUGAAUAUUCCGCGUACAAGUUUAUCGUAAGUGCGAUCUUGUUAAUUGUGUUUUUUUGAAAUAGAAAUCAUAUGUAGUACAGUUCAUCUGAUGCAACAAGUGUGAGUUUUUAAGAUAACGAUGUACAGAUAUUGUCAUAGUAAUAAUGCUAUAAAUUUAAA